AUGUCGUUUUGGCCCUUUGGACAAAGUAUAAGUAGCUCCAACAUCAAUAAGAUUUUGGACGAGUACUUCAGUGUACUUCACAGUCUGGAGAAAAGUAAUCCUAAUGUGGCCAAAAGUGUUCGUCAGAGCUUGCACGGGGCUCAAGAGACAAUACAGAGAAGUGGCGGUGAAUUUGUUGAUUCACUAGAUUAUGUGCCAGAAGAUGAAUUAUUAGAAUCUACUGGUUCUAUUCAACAACGUGAUAGAAGUAAUUCGUCUUCGGGAUCCUCGUCAUCCUCGUCGUCUUCGUCCCUUUCAUCUUCCAAAUCAGGUUCAUCAGGAACAGACUUAGAUGACGAUGAAAUCCAAAACUCAACCGCUCCGUUGGUAACUGCUACGAGUAUUGCUAGUCUUAACAGUUCUUAUAUCAAUAGACUUUUAAAUGAAUCGGAGCUGCUAAACGAAUUGACAAGGCAAAAUAGUAAUUUACUGGAUUUCAUCUGCUUUGGAUUCUUCUACGAUGAGAAGACGAAAAACAAAAUUCCAUUUUUAGAAUACUUAAUCGAUCAAUUAAUGGAUUGUAUCGAUAAGAUUAGCCCAUCGACGACGAGUUUAGCAGACGUUUUGGAAGUUGAAUCAACACCACCACAACCACCACCGCCACCAGAGACGGAGAGGACAACGGGAUCGAUGGAUGAUGAAAAUAAUGAUAAUAACGAUGAUGAUGAUGAAGAUGAUGAGACAAAUGAUAAAGAACCGAACUAUCUGAGCCGGGCAACGAUUAUAUCUGAAAUAUUCUCACUUGAUAUUUGGUUAAUUACAGAGUCUUUGGUUAAUAAUCAAUCAUAUUUAUCCAAAAUUUGGUCAAUGUUAAACCAUCCGAAUUUAAAAACAGAAAGAUCACCUUUGGUACCGAUUUUUCUAAAGAUAAAUCAAAAUUUUCUCAUCACCAAACAAGAUCAGUACUUAAAUUUUGUCAGAUUACGAACCAAUUUAGUGGAUGAUAUGUUGCAACACAUUUCAAUCUCAAUGUUGAUGGAUUUCUUUUUAAAAUGUAUUGCAACUGAUAAAUUCGAAAGCCCAACAGGAUUAAUUGAACUGGUCAACGAUCAGAGGUUAAUACCCAAAUGUUUAAAUUUUUUGAACAAUGAUGUUUACAGUUCAGAUGUACAAGCAUGUGCUGGUGAUUUUUUGAAGGCAUUGAUUGCUAUUUCUGCUAAUGCUCCCUUAGAUGACAUGUCAAUUGGCCCCAAUGCGUUGACAAGACAACUAGCAUCACAAGAAAGCAUUGAUCAAUUAGUUGAUAUUAUUAUUAAUAAAAGGGGACCGGCAUUAAACACAACGGUCUCCAUCGUCAUUGAAUUGAUUAGGAAAAAUAAUUCUGAUUACGAUCAAGUUAACCUUUUAACGACAACUAUUCGAUCACACCCGCCUUCGAACCAUGAUCCUAUCUAUUUGGGGUAUUUAUUAAAGACUUUUUCUCGACAUUUACCAACUUUGUUCAAGAUAAUCAUCGAUGCCGAAAAUGACAAUAAUAAACCGAUGUUAGAGAAUCAAUUACAUCAAAAGUUUAGACCACUAGGAUUUGAAAGAUUCAAAAUUGUUGAACUAGUAGCAGAAUUAUUACAUUGUUCUAAUAUGGGUCUUAUGAAUUCUAAAAGAGCUGAGAGAAUCGUCAAAGAAAGAGAUCAUUUCAGAAAGCAUAUGGUAAAUCAAUUACAAGAUGCAAUCCAGGAUUUAACUAUUGCCUCCAAGGAUUCUCCCAAUGCCACCAUUACAUCGUCAUCUUCAAAAAGGCGUAGUUCAAAAUCUAGGAGAGAUUCAAAAAGUGAUAGAAGAUACAGUGCUGACGAUAGUGAUAUUAGCUCCAAGGAUAAGAGACAAAAACGUAGACAGAAAGAAAAUCAAAAGCAUCAGCAACUAAAAUAUACCCACGAUAAUAAUGAUGACGAUGAUGAUAAUGGAUGCCAAGUUUAUGAUAAUGAUGAAGGUAAUGACAAUGAAGCUGCAAAAUCUGUUUCUCCUAUGACAACGACAACAACAACCACAACUGAUUAUGACUCAAUUACGACCAACGGACACGAUGCUGGUGUGACCCAAGACAAUGAUAAUGAUGAUAAUAAUACUAAUAAUAUUAAUAAUAAUACUAACACUAAUGCUUCUGCUUCUACUACCACAACGAACAACAACAACAACAACAACAACAACAACAACAACAACAACAACAACAAUAAUAAUAAUAAUGAUAAUAAUGAUAAUGAUGACAAUAUUAAUAUCAAUGAUAACGGAAUUAAUAAUGAAUUUGAUGAUGAAGAAGAUGAAGUGGACGAAUCAUUUGAAAUUCCAUAUGUGAAUGUAAACCAGAGUAAUAAAUUAAGAAAGAAACCAACGGUUGGUGAUUUUUUCAAAAUUCAGUUGUACGACGUUCAAUUUUUACCAAAAAUUAUUGAACUUUUCUUAACCCACCCAUGGAACAAUUUUUGGCAUAAUGUAAUUUUUGACAUUAUUCAACAAAUCUUUAAUGGUAGAAUGGAUUUUUCGUACAAUUCCUUUCUAGUGUAUUCUCUUUUCAACUUAAGAGGUUCACUUCAAUUCAUGCCAACAGAAUUGCAAAAGCAAAACUCGAGAGAUUUUACAUUGACUAAGGAUUUCAUUUUACAAGGUUAUCAAGAUUCUUAUCAUUUUUACGAAAAGUACCAUACAAAUUUAGGUUACAUGGGUCAUUUAGUAUUGAUUGCUGAGGAGGUGGUUAAAUUUUCAAAAUUAUAUAAAGUGGAACUAAUAUCACCAGAUAUCCAUCAAGCCUUACAAGAUGAAGAAUGGCGAUUUUAUGCUGAAGAUGUUUUAAAUGAUACACGAAUGAUGUAUUCAAAGAUUCUUGGUGGUGGUAACUAUGUGGAUGAUGGUAAUGGUAAUAUAAUACCACAAUUACCUGAUCCAUCCUUACCACCAUCAGAAAAUGAAAAUUCGACAGUGGGCGGUGGAUUAAUCAAUGUGGAAUCCCUUGAAGAACAGCUAGGAUUGUCGACAGAGUCGGAUUUGCAUGAUAAAUUAAGGGAAUUAUUAAUAUCAAGUUCUCAAAAGGAAAUCGAUAGUCGUAACGAGAGAAACGGUGUAAUAGUACUCGGUCCUCCGUCACAAGAUUUUGAUGAUGACACUAUUGAUGAUGAUGAGUAG